AAUAAACUUCGAACUCAAAAGUCAAAAUAUUGUUGUCAAUCAUAAUUUUUUUUAAAUAUUAAAUGAAUUUAAAAUAGCUAUGUAUUAUAAUAUUAAGAUAUAAAAAUGUCCGAAGUUGUAUGUAAGUUGGAAGACGAUUUGUGUCGUUGUUGUCACAGUGAAGGGGCAUACAAGAACCUCACCGGAGUUUACAAUUUUGGCGGAAUCGAAGAAAUCUACUAUGAUAUGCUACGCGAUACUUUUGAUAUUAAUUUAAACCCGAUGCCGGGACUAUUAUGCGUUUCUACGUACACAAUAUGCGAUGCGUGCAUAGAAAAGUUAAGAGACGCUACCAACUUUAAGAAACAAGUGCUUUUCUAUGAGGAUAAAUUCAAGGAAAUGAUUAGCAAAAAUUUAAUCAGAGGAGCUGAAUCAGACGACGUUUUAGAAAUUAAACAAGAAGAAACUGAUGAAGUUUUCAGCAGGAUACCUGGUAACAGAGUCAAGGUCAAGAAGCGGAGCGUGAGCACCGCAUUGAGCGAUCACAACGAUGAUGAUGACUGGCAUUGCGAUGAUGAAUUACUCGAUGAAGACCACAAAGGACAAUCGGAAGUGCCAAAGAAGAAAUCUAAACGUGCUCAAAGCAAAACAAAGGGCAGGUCGAAAAAGGACUUGAACAAAAAGAAGAAGAUUAAAAUGGAAUCGAGCGCAGAGAACAAGGAUAAUGCUGAAGGGCACAACGAGAUCCCGCGCUAUUACACGAUCGUGCGAAACGAUUAUACCUGCAACGUUUGCCACAGAACGUACGCGUCCCAACCGCUGGUGUCACAGCACUAUCGAUUCGUCCAUUUAAAACGUAGACCGAAGAACCGAAAGUGCCCGCAUUGCGACCAAAGAAUCCCGGGUCACUUGAGGGCGUAUCACUUGGCCGACGCUCACGGCAUACCCGCCCCAACCUGCGGCAUAUGCGGGAAACGCUACCGGUACAAUUGUCAUUUGGUGCAGCACCAAAAGAAGGUGCAUAUGGGCGAGAAAAGUGCCGUAUGCGGGGUCUGCGACAAGGGAUUCUUCAAUGACGUCAGCUUGAAGCUGCACAUGAUGACGCAUUCUGACGAGAGGAAGCACGAGUGCGGGCAUUGCGGCCGCCGAUUCCGUUGGGAGAGCAAUCUGAAAGAUCACGUUAAAAUUCACACGGGCGACAAGAGUCACGUCUGUCGGAUCUGCGAGAAGGGCUUCAUUCAGAAGUCGACUUUGAAACAGCAUCUGACCAGGGUACAUAAUGAGAUUGGUGCUGUGUGAAGUUUCUAGGGCAAAUAGUGGUCUAACCUCGUCUUUUGUGGGGAGGGGUCUUAGUAAAUGUGUAAGAUGGAACACCAUGAAAACCGGUCUGGUUCUGUAUAAAGAAAGCAUAUGUGUUUCCACGCCUAAAGGUCGUCGCCUUUGAAUUUUCAAAAUUUGUCUUAGACAAUGACUCGCUUUAGAGUCUCAAGUAUUUUGUUAUUAGAAGAGAGCGCCUAUGCUUUUCUAUUUAUUAAGUUAAAUAAUUGUAGUUUGCAGAAAAAUAAUAUGAAAAUCGACAAAAUGUCAGAAACGUAAAUAAGCAACACAGAAACGAAUCAAAUCAUGAUCACCCUGAUAAAUACCUAAUAAUUUUUAUUUUUAUUUUUAUUGGUAUGCUUGGACGAGCUUACGGCCAACGUGGUGUUUAGUGGUCACCGAAGUCAAUAGAUAUCGACGAAGUAAAUAGCGCCACCCAUCUCGAGACAUGAGUUUUAAGCUCAGUUUUAACAGUACAUCGUCUGCUCCGCCUUUCAAGCCGAAAGGCAUGACUGCUUCACGGCAGAAAUAAGCAGGGUGGUGGUACCUACCGUCCUACCGUCAGUUAGUAUUGUAAACAUCUCAAGAUGGCGUUAUGCUUACCGGCAUAAGAAUACUCCUUACCUUCCAUAUCCCAUCCAUGUUCAAUCUGACUACCUUACUGUAGUUUACCCAUGUCUAAUAUGUCUAGAUUUAAUAGACCCCGUGUAUUCAAUGGAGUAUUCGUUUAGAAGUAAGCUACUUUCUCGACAAUACCUUUACGUCAAUUAUUUUAUUGUUUGGGCGGUCAGUCGAUGAUGGACGAGAAUUAAAAUUAUAUCUAUAUUUUUUAGUUUAUAAAAACCAACUUGUGACUGAUGUUAAAUAUAUGGCAUUCGAAGGACUUUGUGUUUUAUUUUAUAC